AUGAAGUUUACUGCCGGCCUUGUCCUCGCGGUCAUCGCUACCGCCGUCGUACACGCUGGAAACUCAUCCAUGCAGCAGGCUUUGCGCACCGAGUCUGUACCAAAUUCGGCUUCUGUUGAUUCGUCGGAAUCAGACGAACUCGAUACGACCUGCGACUUUAAAUGCCUUCAGGUGAUGAAGCCGGUGACAGACGAGAACGGAGUCACGUACCCGAAUGAGUGCAUGAAGCUCGCGGUCAAUUGCAGGGAGAAGAAGGGCAAAACGUUCGAUGCUUCCCCUCUCAACGACGAUGCUGGCGAUAAAUCUGCGCAGAAGAAGAACAAAGGCUAUUUUCUUCAGAAUGAUAUGCUGAAUUUGUCUGACGGUUCUGGUACGAGCAGUUCGUCGUCUGACGAAGAGUCUCUUGGUUUCUCCUGUCCUGAUGCUUGCCCAGAUGUGUACGACCCCGUCACCGAUGAGUACGGUAACACCUUUCCCAGCGAGUGCCACAGGAAGGCAGAGAUGUGCAAGGGACCGAAGAAGGAUGCCAACACUUUGGACCAGUAA